CUUUUUAUCAAAUACUAUCACUUGCACAUUUUAAAUAGAAAAUAAAAUAAAAAUGUGCACACCAUGGACAAUGACAAGACUAGUCCGAUGGAGAGUCAAGGAUUGUGCUUCAUGUUUCUUGGCUAAUAGAUGGUGAUCAUGAACCUGUUCAUCCAAUACCAAUGAGAGAGGACAAGAUGUUAUUUGAUACAAAGGGAGAGAGAUCAUCAAGAGGCAAUCAUAAGAAUAUUGAUCAAGCUAGUAAUAAAAUAAAAUUGUCUCAUCACAGAAGAAUUAUUAGCAAGGAAGAUGCUAAUAAUAAUAUCAGCGUGAUUGCAAGUACUACUACUACUGAUGAGAACUCAAAUUGGCCUCAUUUUGCAGAUGAUGACUAUAUCAUAUUCUGCUUUAGAGAAGAUGGAGCUUUUGAAGUUGUGAAGAAUAAUGGCAGCAAAACUGAUAAUCAUGAUCAAUUACCAUCUUCUUAUCUAGAUCAUCAUAAUUCUUCAAGAAAUUUCAGACCCGUAAAUCGAAAGCUUAAUUAUGGAGACAAUACCAAAACAGUGAUGGUUGAAAAGUGUAACAAAGAUCAUAAAAACUUAACUGGGAAAUUAGCACAUGAAGUCUACCCCACGAAUUAUGGUCAAAAGAUGGCAGAAGAGAAAUUUUAUUUAGAUUCAAAGUCGGUUUAUGGUGGCAAUUUUGAAGAGCACAGAAUUGUAAUAUCUGGCGAAUCAAGUGAUCAUUCUGCUCAUUCAUCAAAUGCCAGCUCAGGCUCUUUUGCUUUCCCUGCGUUGGGUUGGGAGUGGACUGGUAGUCCAGAGAGAAUGCCAAAAACAGAAGGACUAACCUUAAGAAAACACAAGGCUCGCUUUGUAGUCUUUCAGUGUUGUAGAUUUUAGAAGUUUUUAUCUUUAUUAUUCGAACAAUUAGUUAUUUUAUCCACA